GAGGAGGAGGAAGAGGAGGAGGAUGGAGAGAUUCAGGAGGUGCAGAUCACAGGAGAGGAGGACGGGGACUUUGAAGAAGAGGAAGAGUGGGAGCAGGAGGAGGGAGAGAGGGGGCUCCCAGAGAGUUGCGCAUCAGACCCGACUGAAGAGAACUCGGUCGUUAUGCGCAAUACGGACCGGCAGGACAUGGGAGAGCUGGGGGAGGAAGAGGAUGAGGAAGUGGGGGAGGAGGAUGGAACUGCUGUCGGAGUGGAAAACGACCGGUCCCGGCUGAGUGAGAACACGCGCCUGGCCACGCGCUAUGCGGUCCGAAUCUUCCGCGAGUACCUGAGCGAAAAGUCGCAGAGUCCCGACUUUGAGAGUAUGGACAAGGAGGCGCUGUGCGGCGUGCUGCGCUCCUUCUAUGCAGAGGCGCGCUCCAAAAGCGGCCAGCUGUACAGCAAGUCCUCGCUCAUCAGCAUCCGUAGCUCGCUCAACCGGUACCUGAACGAGCCACCUUACUGUCGCGCCCUGGACCUCACCAAGGACCCCGAGUUGCGCGGCGCGAACUUGACGCUCGCGGCCGUGAUCAGGAAGCUGGAGGAACAGGGCGCAGGUCCCGUGGUGCAAAAACAGGCAAUAACUCGCGCAGACUUGAGAAAACUCUACACGUCCCCGGUGUUCUGCGCCAGCUCGCCUUUUGGGCUACUCAAUAAAGUGUGGUUCGAGACCUGCAUGUACUUCUGCACUCGGGGUCGCGAAAAUCAGCGAGAGUUAGAGGAGGAUUCGUUCGGCUUGGCCAUGGACGAGGACGGGAGAAAGUUUGUGUAUUUCAAAGCACUCGGCCCCUAUCACAAGUCGCGUUCUGCGUCUUGGACUAAAAAAAGGUCCGAUUCGGACGAGGACAAUCUCCCGCGCAUGUACGAAACUGGCACGGAGUUUUGCCCUUACGCCAGCUUCGUCAAAUACCUGGCCAAGCGCAAUCCGUUGUGCAAGGCGUUCUUCCAACGACCCCGAGAUCACUGCGGAGAACGAGACGCCACCUGGUACGAGAACAAAGCGAUUGGCAAAAACCUGCUCGGCACGAGGAUGCAGAUGCUGUCGCGCGCGGGCAAACUGUCCAAGACCUACACGAACCACUGCAUCGGCGCGGUAUCCAUAGCAACGCUCAACAGCAUCGCCGGUAUUGGGUCAAAGUUAGCUCCGUCUGCUGCUCAGCGCAUCGCACCGGAAACCGUUCAGCUAUUGCUGCCGUAUGUGCAGCACGUGGAAGAAGAGGAUGAGGAGGAGAGCGAUGCGUCCGCGCUCAAACGUCAGAGAGCUGCUAACAACAAGCGGCCGAGAACUGUGGUGUAUCCGCUGAACGUGACAGCACCACCGGAGGUCUCACCACCACCUAAAAAACGGCGAGAGGACAGUCCUGCCAUGAUUCGCGGUGGUGCGGAGAAUGCUGCACAGCUUGAUUCACGAAGGGAGCAGAAUAGCCGGGCAUCCUCACCCCCUGCUGUUGUGCCUGCAGCGCAGGACAGUCACGGCAUCACCAUGUCAGGUCGCCCUCUACUGGUCCAGUCACCCGCCUCGCCCAUCGGUUGCCACGGGAUACCCACGCCAGCCCAGCUGAGCAAGACCAACGCGCCGGUCCAUAUAGACGUGGGCGGAAACAUGUAUACCAGCAGCCUCGCUACACUUACCAAGUACCCAGAGUCAAGGAUUGGUCGCUUGUUUGACGGGUCAGAGCCGAUCGUGCUGGACAGCCUAAAGCAGCACUACUUCAUCGACAGAGACGGCCUGAUGUUCAGAUAUAUCCUCAACUUCCUACGCACCUCCAGACUACUCCUGCCAGACGACUUUAAGGACUUCUCCUUACUCUACGAGGAGGUGAAGUUUUUCCAGCUGCGGCCCAUGCAGGAGGCCCUGGAGCGCUGGCGGGGGGAGAGGGAGGCGCGGCGAGGAGCCCGGCCGUGCGAGUGCGUGGUGGUGCGCGUGACCCCGGAGCUGGGGGAGCGUAUCGCCGUGAGCGGGGAGAGGGGCCUACUGGAGGACGUCUUCCCAGAGGUGGGGGACGUCAUGUGCGAGGCUCUCAGCGCCGGGUGGAACCAGGACCACACACAUGUCAUUAGGUUCCCACUCAACGGCUACUGCCAGCUGAACUCAGUGCAGGUGCUGGAGCGUCUUCAACAGAGGGGUUUUGAGAUGGUGGGCUCGUGCGGCGGAGGGGUGGACUCGUCCCAGUUCAGCGAAUACGUGCUGCGCAGGGAGCUGAGGCCACAGGGGGGGCCCUGCAGGGGGGUCACCUCCGUCAUCUGCAUCAAGCAGGAGCCCCUCAACUAGACACCAAAAGUUGUGGAGAGUUCGAGAGCGCCACCACGUUUGUUAAGAAUUCGAGUGCGCCACCAGAUGGAGAAGUUUGGGAACCCUUGCACUAGUGAGCUUCGCAGACGUUCAUGCCUUCUCUCAAGACGAACAUUUCAGAAUGAAAGAAAGGAGAUACUAAAGACGUCUCAUGGAAUCGGAAUGUAAUUAUAGUUUGACA